UUGACAUGCUGCUUUUCACAGGUCACUGAUCUUGAUGAUGAGGUUGGGUCCCCAGCUGAAGAGUUCAAAGCCUUUGCAGCUGAUUCUGGCAUGAACAGGAGCCAGUCAGAAUACUGCAAUGUUGGCACCAAGACAUACCUAACAAAUCAUCCUGCCAAGAAGUUUGUGUUUGACUUCAUGCGUGUGCUGAUAAUUGACAAUUUGUGUCUCACGCCAGCCAGCAAACAGACUCCACUGGUGGAUCUUCUGCUGGAGGCUUCCCCUGAAAGAUCAACACGAACGCAGCAGAAGGAGUUUCAGACCUAUGUUUUGGAUAGUGUGAUGGACCACUUACUUGCAGCCGAUGUUUUAUUGGGUGAAGAUGCAUCUCUGCCCAUAACAAGUGGAGGAAGCUACCAAGUCCUGGUGAACAACGUGUUUUAUUUUACACAGCGUGUGGUAGAUAAGCUUUGGCAGGGCAUGUUCAACAAAGAAUCCAAACUUCUUGUGGAAUUCAUAAUCCAGCUAAUUGCACAGUCAAAAAGAAGAUCUCAGGGACUAUCGCUGGAUGCUAUUUAUCACUGCCUGAACAGAACUAUCUUGUAUCAGUUCUCAAGAGCACACAAAACUGUUCCUCAGCAAGUGGCUCUCCUUGAUUCUCUGAGGGUCCUCACUGUGAACAGAAACUUAAUUUUGGGACCUGGAAAUCAUGAUCAAGAGUUCAUCAGCUGUCUAGCUCACUGCUUGAUUAAUCUGCAUGUGGGAAGCAAUGUUGAUGGGUUUGGAUUGGAAGCAGAAGCCAGGAUGACAACUUGGCACAUUAUGAUCCCUUCAGAUAUAGAACCAGACGGAGUCUACAAUCAAGAUGUCAGUGAAGGUCGCCAGCUUCUUUUAAAAGCUAUAAACAGAGUGUGGACGGAGCUGAUUCAUAGUAAAAAACAGGUUUUAGAAGAAGUUUUUAAAGUGACACUGCCUGUCAAUGACCGUGGCCAAGUGGAUAUAACUGUUGCAAGACCUUUAAUUGAGGAAGCAAGUUUAAAGUGUUGGCAAAAUCAUUUGGCCCACGAGAAGAAGUGCAUCAGCAGAGGGGAGGCCUUGGUUCCGAGCACACAGUCCAAGCUGUCACGAGUCAGCAGUGGGUUCGGCCUCUCUAAACUAACAGGUUCUAGGAGAAACCGGAAGGAGAGUGGACUCAACAAACACAAUCUCUCUACACAGGAAAUUUCCCAAUGGAUGUUUACUCACAUUGCAGUGGUUCGAGACCUCGUUGAUAUGCAGUAUAAAGAAUAUCAGGAGCGUCAGCAGAACGCAUUAAAAUAUGUGACAGAAGAAUGGUCUCAAAUUGAAUAUGAGUUACUACGAGAGCGAGGUCUGUGGGGUCCUCCCAUUGGUUCCCAUCUUGACAAGUGGAUGUUGGAGAUGACUGAGGGGCCCUGCCGAAUGAGGAAGAAGAUGGUGCGAAAUGACAUGUUUUACACUCAGUAUCCCUACAUGCCUGAAGCUGAGCAGGAAACAAACUUGCUGUCUGACCUCUCAAGUAGACUUCCUGAGACAGCUGAUGAUACCGUUCCUCAAAAGAAACCUGCUCGCUACCGAAGGGCUAUAAGUUAUGACAGUAAGGAGUACUACAUGCGCCUGGCAUCUGGAAACCCUGCCAUCUUCCAGGACACCAUAGAGGAAAACACAGUGGGUGAAACCACUCAGCAGGAGCCAGAACAUGGGGAGGACACAAUUGCGAGAGUCAAAGGCCUAGUGAAGCCUCCUCUGAAACGGUCCCGCUCUGCUCCUGAUGGAGGAGAUGAUGAGAACCAGGAACAGUCACAAGAUCAAAUUGUUGAGGGCAGUUCGAUUGAUGAAGAAGAGAAGACUGACAAUACAACUUUGCUUCGACUUCUUGAAGAAGGAGAGAAGAUUCAGCACAUGUACCGCUGUGCUCGUGUUCAGGGCCUUGACACUAGUGAAGGGCUACUCCUCUUUGGCAAAGAGCACUUCUAUGUAAUUGAUGGAUUCACCAUGACGGCCACCAGAGAAAUACGCGACAUUGAGACAUUGCCUCCAAAGAUGCAUGAGCCAAUCAUACCAAGGGGGGCAAGGCAAGGUCCAAGUCAGCUGAAAAGAACAUGCAGCAUUUUUGCAUAUGAAGAUAUUAAGGAAGUACAUAAAAGGAGAUACCUUUUGCAGCCAAUUGCAAUUGAAGUUUUCUCAGGAGAUGGACGAAACUAUCUUCUCGCUUUCCAAAAAGGGGUCAGAAAUAAAGUUUAUCAGAGGUUUUUGGCUGUGGUGCCAUCUCUAACUGACAGUUCAGAGUCGGUGUCUGGACAGAGGCCAAACACCAGCGUAGAACAAGGGUCUGGCUUGCUUAGCACUUUAGUGGGAGAAAAAUCUGUUACUCAAAGAUGGGAAAGAGGAGAAAUCAGUAAUUUCCAGUACCUGAUGCACUUAAACACCCUGGCGGGCCGAUCCUACAAUGAUCUCAUGCAGUACCCUGUCUUUCCCUGGGUCCUCGCAGACUAUGAUUCAGAGGAGUUGGAUCUUACAAAUCCCAAGACAUUCAGAAACCUGGCGAAGCCCAUGGGAGCUCAAACAGAAGACAGGCUGGCCCAGUACAAGAAACGAUACAAAGACUGGGAAGAUCCCAAUGGUGAAACUCCAGCUUAUCAUUAUGGGACCCACUAUUCAUCUGCCAUGAUAGUGGCUUCCUAUCUUGUCCGGAUGGAGCCUUUUACGCAGAUUUUCUUACGACUACAGGGCGGUCACUUUGACCUGGCAGAUCGAAUGUUUCACAGUGUGCGAGAGGCCUGGUACUCAGCAUCAAAGCACAACAUGGCAGACGUGAAAGAGCUCAUCCCAGAAUUUUUCUACCUCCCUGAAUUUUUGCUCAAUUCCAACAAUUUUGAUCUCGGUUGCAAACAAAAUGGCACUAAACUUGGAGAUGUAAUACUUCCUCCGUGGGCAAAAGGAGACCCUCGUGAAUUUAUCAGAGUUCACCGGGAGGCUCUGGAAUGUGACUUUGUGAGUGCACAUCUGCAUGAGUGGAUUGACUUGAUCUUUGGCUAUAAACAGCAAGGUCCUGCUGCAGUAGAAGCUGUAAAUGUCUUUCACCAUCUCUUCUAUGAGGGGCAAGUGGAUAUAUAUAACAUCAAUGAUCCAUUAAAAGAGACAGCUACUAUAGGAUUCAUUAACAACUUUGGACAGAUACCAAAGCAGCUCUUCAAAAAACCACACCCUCCAAAGCGUGUUAGAAGCCGACUGAAUGGGGAAGCUGCAGGAACCUCUGUGCCCCCAGGUUCCACGGGUGACAAGAUUUUUUUCCAUCAUUUGGACAACCUGCGGCCAUCUCUCACACCAGUGAAAGAACUCAAGGAGCCUGUGGGACAGAUUGUGUGUACCGAUAAAGGCAUUCUGGCUGUUGAACAGAAUAAGGUUCUCAUCCCUCCUACAUGGAAUAAAACUUUUGCCUGGGGCUAUGCAGACCUCAGCUGUAGACUGGGUACCUACGAGUCGGACAAGGCAGUAAUUGUUUAUGAAUGUUUGUCAGAGUGGGGUCAGAUACUGUGUGCCAUUUGUCCCAGUCCCAAGCUGGUUAUCACUGGGGGAACAAGCACAGCGGUGUGUGUGUGGGAAAUGGGCAUCUCCAAAGAAAAAGCUAAAGCCCUCACAUUGAAACAGGCGUUACUGGGUCAUACUGACACUGUCACAUGCUUAACAGCAUCACUGGCUUAUCACAUCAUCGUGAGUGGCUCACGGGAUCGCACCUGCAUCAUCUGGGAUUUGAAUAAGCUCUCCUUUCUUACACAGCUUCGAGGUCACAGGGCUCCAGUUUCAGCACUCUGUAUAAAUGAAUUAACGGUAAGAAACAAACAUCCAUAUGCAGUGGGAGUGUUAGCAAGAGCAAAUUAGGCUCUUCCAUUGGUUUGGGGAAGCUUGCGUAAUUUACAUUAAAACUUAUUACCUGGUAUUGGGAAUAAAUUGUAAUGAGAAGAAGAGGAUAGUAAGAGGCACUGUUUGUUAGCUGUUCAUCCAGUUGUAGUGUUGCUGGUGUUUUAAACCACAGCUACUACUUCUCCUCUGCACUAGAUGAAAGGACUGUUUCUUGCCCUUUUCCCAAUUAGGAAGGAAUCAUGAAUUUUAAUGAAGCACGUGUCAGUGAAAAAGAUGGGAGGUUUGAGCUGAGUCAUAAAACAGGCAAGAGAAGGUACUUAAAAUAUGCUGUAGAUUGGUGAAAAAUAAAGGAAUUGAUCUACUUAGUAAAUGCUAUAAAUUCAGCAGACAGGUUGUUACUAAGUCUGUUUUUCUGUGUACAGUCUUAAAAAAAAAA